GGAGGGGAGUGGCGGAGAGAGGGAACAAAUAGGAGGGAGAAGAGGAAAAGGGAGGUGGAAGUUCUGGUGACGGGCGGAGAGAGGGAGACAAAUAGGAGGGAGAAGAGGAAAGGGGAGGUGGAAGUUCCGGUGACGGCCGGAAUGGGCCUCCUUUCCAACAAAGUUCAGAGGAGCGACCUGCAAACUGGCGAUCACGUUUACUCUUGGAGGCACGCUUACAUCUACGCCCACCACGGCAUAUACACUGGUGACGGUAAAGUCAUUCACUUUACUCGGGCAGCAGACCAAGAAGUUGGGACGGGAACUUUCUUAGACCGGAUCCUCCUCAGCUCUUCUCUUUCACACACCAGGAACCCAUGUGAAAAAUGUGGCGAUCUUAGUGCUGCUAGUGGUGUGAUCAUUUCGUGCCUCGACUGUUUUCUCUCUGGUGGUGAGCUCUACCGUUUUGAAUACGAGGUUACCCCUGCUUUCUUUAUUGCAAAGGCCCGUGGUGGCACCUGCACGCUUGCCAAAUCUGACACUCCAGAAGAAGUCCUCCAUCGUGCUACUUAUCUCUUGCAAAAUGGGUUUGGCAUCUAUCAUAUCUUCAAGAAUAACUGUGAGGAUUUUGCAAUUUACUGCAAGACGGGUUUGUUGGUGAUCACAAACAUAAGCGUUGGACGCAGUGGGCAGGCAGCGUCAUUUGUAGCUGCUGCUACUGCUGUUGUAUCUUCUCCACUUCGUUUCUUGACUACCAGCUUCUCUGGGCUUGCUGUCGUUGCUGGUGGGAUGUACUGUGUGAGCAGAUAUGUAGCUGAUAUUGGAAUGCGACGAGACGUUGAAAAAAUUCCAGUUGAGAGGUUGGUAGCAAGGCCUUAGCAACGAUGUGGAGCCGGAGGUGUCAGAACAGACUCUUGCUGAGGAGACACGAGGUGCCCAAUUGAGUUUCCCUAAUCAUGUAAACUUUCUCCGUUGGUAAAGGUGUGGCAAGAUGUAGAAACUAUAAAGGUAGUGUGAAGUGAAUCAUUGGAAAUUGUUUACUGAAGGCCGUCUGUGGUACAAUAGUUUAUAGAGGCUACUAUUAAAGUUGUCACUGCAAUUGCUUUUCGUUGGAGACAGGUGAAAUUCACAUUGUUUCACAUAAAAUGAAUUCUCAUAACUCAGUCA